GUCGGUGCAGCAGCCUUGUUACAGGCCAGCGUACAGUAGGAGAUGUAGCGGGACGUGUGGGCAUGGGAGAAGAAUAGGCUACAGUAGUGUACGGGGGGGGUCUGCCGCUGCAGCUGGAAGGGGACCUGCACCGGGUUAGGCUGAUAGAGAACCGCGGACGGGGGUGAUGAAAGCCGGAGAGAGAGAGAGAGAGAGAGGUAUUGACACUUUCCCUCCCACUGAAGGUAGAGAUGAGGUGCAUGGGUGAGUCGUGAAUGAGGGGGGUGCAGUGGAAGGUGCGUACAGUCACAGCAACACUGAGGGGCUUCAUGCUGAACGUGAAGAGUCCAGCUGCGGUGCAGAAGGGAAUGCGGGAUUCCAGCUGUGCGCGUGUAGAUACAGGAAUGGACGAUGGAAUGUGCCACAGCUUUGCAAUGAGACGUCUGUGGGUCUGUGUCUUGCUUGUGAGCAUCACCUGCCGUCCGAGCCUCUCCCAGGAUGUAACUGGAACUCCCAAAGAGGCCGAAUUAAAUGACAACAUUACCAUCUUCACACGCAUCCUGGACGGACUGCUGGAUGGCUACGACAACAGGCUCCGCCCUGGACUGGGAGAGAAGGUGACAGAGAUCAAGACCAACAUCUUUGUCACAAGCUUCGGUCCAGUCUCUGACACUGAAAUGGAAUACACUAUUGACGUGUUCUUCCGUCAAAGCUGGAAAGAUGAAAGACUUUGUUUUAAAGGCCCAAUGGAGAUGCUUCCCCUGAAUAAUCUCCUGGCCAGUAACAUCUGGACUCCGGACACCUUCUUCCUCAACGGGAAGAAAUCCAUCGCACACAACAUGACUACACCUAACAAGCUGCUGCGGCUGAAAGACGACGGGACUCUGCUCUACACCAUGAGACUGACUAUAUCAGCAGAAUGUCCCAUGCAGCUGGAGGAUUUCCCGAUGGACGCCCAUGCUUGUCCCCUUAAAUUUGGAAGCUAUGCGUAUCCGGUCUCGGAGGUGGUCUACACGUGGACACAGGGAGCAGCCAAGUCCGUGGUGGUGGCAGAGGAAGGCUCCCGGCUCAACCAGUACCAUCUGAUUGGUCAGACUGCAGGGACAGAGGACAUCUACACCAGUCGAGGCCAGUACACCGUGAUGAUGGCUCACUUCUACCUGAAGAGGAAGAUCGGCUACUUCGUCAUCCAGACCUACAUGCCUUGCUUCAUGACUGUAAUCCUGUCACAGGUUUCGUUUUGGCUCAACCGGGAGUCUGUGCCAGCGCGGACUGUCUUUGGUGUGACCACAGUGCUCACCAUGACCACUCUCAGCAUCAGCGCUCGAAACUCGCUGCCUAAAGUGGCUUACGCUACUGCCAUGGACUGGUUCAUAGCCGUGUGCUACGCCUUCGUCUUCUCCGCGCUCAUUGAGUUUGCCACAGUUAACUACUUCACCAAGAGGAGCUGGGCCUGGGAUGGGAAAAAGGCAAUGGAGGCCCAACAGCCCAAGAAGAAGGACCCUUUGGCUCUGUCUAAAAAGCCCAACAACACCUGUUCGGCCGGUGUGAAUUAUACCACCAACCUUACAAAGGACACAGCCAUCUCGACCAUCUCAAACAGCACGGCCGUUCAGCUCAAACCCUCUGAAACCAAGGCCCCGGACCCCAAAAAGACUUACAACAGUGUGAGCAAGAUUGACAAGAUGUCCAGAAUAGUGUUCCCGGUGCUGUUUGGGACCUUCAACCUGGUGUACUGGGCCACGUAUCUCAAUAGGGAACCCGUGAUCAAAGGAGCCGUUUAAGCUCUGCGAUCGGGAUCAUUCAUCGUCCUGACAACCACUUCGGGAUUUCAUAACUGGAACGCAAUACUCAUCAAUGCCACUUAGUCCUUGUAUCAUAGACGUGCGUGUUUUUUUAGGUCAUUGGAUAACAUUGCAUGUCUGUCGCUUCAGGAAAACGUUGCCUUGAGUUUGUACAUGUACGACAUACAAAUUUUCCUAACAGACGCUUUCUCAAAUUCAUGUUUCACAAUGUUAGCAUUUGGCAUUUAUAUUUUUUCCUCGCGUCUACAGUAGAAGAUGGUACAGCAAGGCCAAAUGCUAUGCAAAACAACAUUUUUACCGUGUCAUUACUCGGAAGAAGCUUUUACUUUUGUGACUCUUACUUUGUACAAAUGGGCUGGAGGUCCAGGUAUGCGAGGCGGGGCCCAGGCCCAUGGGACUUUGCUUCCUUGUUAAAAGCAGAUGAAUAGCCAUGCUAAAUGUGUUGCCUUCAGAGUGUGAUAGCUCAUUAUGAAUGCACUGAAAUCUCAUUUUACUUCUUCAGCAGCCAGAUUUAAAACGUUCAUUAAAUCAUGUUGUGUUUCUUUUUUGCUGCUUUUCUCUCUGUUUUGAAUGGCCAGUUUUUUCAUAAAUGUAAUUUUGGGGACAGAUCUCAAGCUAAAGUGAUCCAGUGGCAGCUGCUGUUUCCAGGUCCCCAUCAUGAGAAUCCUGUACAUAUGGUCGUAGUUUAGGAAACAUGUAUAUAUGCUUUUAAAAAAUGUACCACUUAAGCCAGUAAGGUUAGCUUCUAUGUUAUGCGUAUGCAGCAACAGUGUUACUCUAGUCUAGCGCUUCAUUGACUGGAUAUUGGGAAAUGAGCAGAAUAGCUUGAGCUUUAGCAAUGUUGACAGAAUAUACAAUGCUUUUUCAAAACAGUUAGUUUUUUAGAUCAGUUUGUCGUUUCUAUAAGCUUUGAUGAUAACUCGCAAAUAUUCUUGAUCAAUAUUUGGAUGCUUUGAGCAGGAUCACUUUUUGUCAUGAUUUAGAGUAAAUGUAGUUAUGAGACUGACUUAUCAGGUUGUCAGGCCAAUCAAAGAGAAAGAAAGUCACAUGACCAGGUUAUUCCAUUUGGACCAAUCUCGUUUUUAAAUCACGAUAUGUUAUUUUUCAGGGCAAAGUUGUCUUUAAAUGAGUGUUAAAGCAACACUAAAGAACGUUUUCUCUACGACCCCCCUACCGGUUGGAAGUGGAACUGUCCAUUACAUUACCAUUAUUCUCUCCUUUGAACUACAGAUCUGGAAAACCUGCACCAAAAUAAUGUACCUUAAAAUAAUGUUUCCAAAAUGGUGUCAGUGGUUCAUCAGCUGGUAACAGGGUGAACGGCACUCCUGCAUUCUCCGCGGUUCUCUACGGGAUAUAACCGCACUGUGGAGGGUUGCCAGAUAGGGUGGUGGAUCUGUAGUUCCAAUGAGACGUAAUGGGACAUAAUGGACAAUUCAGCAUCCAACCUGUAGGGGGACUGAAGUAGAAAAGUUCUUUAGUGUUGCUUUAAAUUAAAGGAAUAAUUUAAUAUAUUGGGAAAUUGGCUUUUUGGCUUUCUUUCCAAGAGUCAGAUGACAAGACUUAUACCACUCAGCGUGUCUCUACAGCAAUAUGAAGCUACUGCCACGAGCUGAUUAGCUUAGCUUAGCACGACGACUGAACACAGAUAAUUCACUUAAAAGGAUUUAAAAUCUUAUUUGCUUUUUUUGUUGAGAUUUAAAUGAUUCUGUAGACUCAAUAUGAAGCUACAGCCAGGGGCGAGUUAGCUUAGCUUAGCAUAAAAACGGAAACCGGUUCUGAUACCGGUAACGAUACCAAUACCGGUUCCUAAACAAUACUUUUUUCAAUGCCAAUUUUAUGAAGAAACAAGCAAUGACAACAAUAUUAACAUUAUUUUUGUGGAGUUUUACAGCCAAUCACAGCCAUUAUUAGAUCAUGGUGCGAGCAUGCUGCGUGCCUAUUGGCCCACUGACGCUGAUGAGAUGAGUACUCCUCAGUCACUGUUACUGUCGACUGGUUUGUGGCUCGCAUGGCACUAAAUAAUACAGUGAUACGGUGAACCAGCAGGGCUAUAACAUAACCAUAAGUCUGCUCUAUUCAAAAUUAUUUAUAUAUAUUUUAGAUACCCAAAACAGAAGGAAACAGAGUAAAACAGAUAUUUGACCGUGCUGUGCCCUCCGUCCUGACUCAGCGCAGCGUUGCCAGUUUGGCCAAUCUUUCCAGCUCUUAGUGCUCUAGGAGGGUUAGACACAUGAUGGGCUAAUGUAGAAAGAAAUUAACAGUAUAUGUUCAGGGAUGAUGGAUUGAUAAGCAGACAUGCUAUUUACAACUGGAUGUAACUUUUGAUAUGCUGUGGUAAAAGUGUCUCUCUUAUUGACGCUGUCCUAUCACUGUACUCUCGUGAAAAGAGAAGCCUGAAGAGAAGCCUGUUGUAGUUCCCUGAACUUUGGGACUUCAUUCCCUUAAAGGUUUGUCCCUUCCAAGCUUUAUCCUAAGCUAACCGCCUCCUGGCUCUAGCUUCAUGUUAGCGCACUGACAUAAGUGGUAUCAAUCUUCUUAUUUUAUCUCUGCAACAACGCAAAUAAUCAUAUUUAAUGUAAUAACUCCUAAGUCAAGAGUUUUACAGGAUACUGCGAAAGCUGCGUGCGCUACGCUCACUUCAGCAGAGCGAGUUUUGCAGUCUAACAUUUACAGUACGGUUAGUGUUGUUUGGGUAAAGAUUGGAAUAUGAAUGUGAUCUACUCAUGUGACUUUAUGCCUUCUGGGUGGCCCGCCUCUAUUUAAUAAGUUUAUGGAGCACACCGGUUGUAUUGUAUUAUUACAUUUAAGUACAUUUUAGGUACAGGCUGUUCUUUAAAUGCAAAUAUCUGAAGCAAUAAUGCUCAUGUAAUUAAUGACUUCUGUUUAUAGUAAAGUGUGAUCAUUUGACUUUCAUUCUGUCGAUGUCUUUUUAUCCAGAUUUCAUCCUUUUGGCAAUAGUCUUUUUCUAUAUAUACUCUGAUUCAUUUUAGCUCCGCCCCUCCCUCUCUGGAAGCACAGUGCUCUCUGACCACGGUUGAUGUGUUUAUUUCAUUUUAAAUAACAAUGGAAACCUUCACUUUUUUCUUAAUUGUUAUGCAUACCUGAUUCCCAAUAAAGCUUUACUGACUCCA